AGCCAGCGACAACUCAGGGAGACGAGACGAAAGCGCCCCCGCCCGCCCCCCAUUCCUCGCUCCCUCCCUUCCGCCUCGCGCCCGCGCGUGGAAUCCCCUUUGACUCGCAGCUUCCCCCGCCGACGCCCGCCAGCCGCGCCUGCCGGCGGGUCGACCAGCGGCAGUCCGAUCCGCCGCCGCUCGUCCCGCCUCCUCACCCAGGUCUCCUACCGAGGAGGAGGAGGAGGAGGAGGAGGAGCAGGAGGAGGGGAGGCUGACACCCGGGUGCGCGCAGGGGGCUAGCUAGAUUCGGAAGGGCGCCAUGAAGAAAGUGUUCGACCAGACGGUCCGGGACCUGAAACGCGGGGUGAAUAAAAAGGUCCUCAAGGUGCCUGGCACGGAACAGAAGAUUCUCGACGCCACAAGCAAUGAGCCGUGGGGCCCCCAUGGAUCCCUCCUGGCGGAGAUCGCCCAAGCAACACAUAACUAUCAUGAGUAUCAGAUGAUAAUGAAUAUCGUGUGGAAGAGGGUCAGCGAUACUGGUAAAAAUUGGCGGCAUGUGUACAAGGGAUUGAUUGUCCUGGAUUACCUGGUAGCACAUGGAACCGAGCGAGUUAUUGAUGACAUAAGGGAGCAUUCUUAUCAGAUAUCGGCACUAGCUGAUUUCCAGUAUAUCGAUUCUAGUGGGAGAGAUCAAGGUAGCAAUGUACGACGGAAAUCCCAGAGCCUCGUUAGUUUAGUUAAUGAUAAGGAAAGGAUACUGGAAGUUAGGCAGAAAGCACUUGCUACCAGGGACAAGUAUCGGAGUGCAUUUGCCACGAGUGGACCACACAGGAGUCCUGGUGGAUAUGACAAUGACCGUGAUCGCUACGAAGGAGGUAGAUAUGAUAACAGGAAUGGCUAUGGGAGGGAACGAGAUGGGUAUAGAGAUGAUGACAGAUACAGUGGCGCUGGAGAUACCCCCAAUAGGGAUGGAGAUCGUUAUUCUAGGGAUUCUAAUGAACGCAACAGGGAAGAUGAAUACAGAGGAAGUAAUAGCAACCCUGAGUAUGCAGAAGGAUCAGGCCGCAGGAGCUACGGGGAUGAGGAGGCUUAUUCAUCCCGUGGUCGUGGCAGCAACGCUGAUGCGCCUACUCAGGAUGAGAGGCCUAUUGAGCGGAAGGCUUCUAACCAGCAGAUUGCUUCACCACCAAACUACGAAGAUGUCACAGGAGAUACCCAGGACAAUCAUCAUGAUGAAAGAAAUGGAGGGAGUGUGCCUGCUGUUGCACCAAAGGUGUCUUCUCCAUCUGUUCCUAGAACAAGCUUUCCCCCAGCCCCAGGGCAGGUGAAUGGUGUUCAUGAUAAGCCUGUCGAGGUUGUAGCUGCACAACCACCUGCUCCUGCUGCACAACCACCUGCGCCUGUUGAACCGAAUGGUUUUGAUGAGUUUGAUCCACGUGGAUCAGUACCAGAUGCUUCACCUCCGGUGAAUACCUCACCGAUAAUGAAUAGCUUUGAGAUGGAUUUGUUUGGGUCAGAUCCUAUUGGCGCCCUGGCUUUGGUUUCUGUGCCUCAGCCGACUGACGUCCCAAGUGUCGAGCCAUCAGCAAGUUCAGGUUUUGAAACGGAUAGUUUUAUGGGCAUGCCACCUGCUUCUAAUGGAUUCAGUGAGGCAAUUGAUGCUUCAAAUCCUUUUGGAGAUCCUACUCCUUUCAAGGCAGUUCAAGAAGAGAAUCAUGCAGCUUCUCAGACAAAUGCGACCCCUGCUGGUUCAUUCCAGGCCACAGGACCUGGUGCAGAUGUAAAUCCUUUCCAGCCUGCUUCAUCCACUAACUUUGGUUUUGAAGAUACUCUCGGCGGUCUCAGUUUUGCAUCCAAUGCUGCACCUGGGCAACAGGAUAUUUUUGGAAGCACCACCUCCUUACCUUCGGGGGUUUCACAUGCAAAUCCGUCCCAACAGGCACCCCCAGCUUAUGUUCCCUCCCAGGCAUCUCAGCCUAUUACUCAUGCUCCUCAAGCAGUGGCACCCAAUACUCAUGCUGCUCCCAUGUUUGCUCAGCCACAAGCAUAUCCUGCAGCCAUGAACCCAUCAUCAUUUUCUCAGGCUGCUGCGCCAUCAUUUGCUCCUCCACAGCCACCUCAACAUGCUGCACCAUCAUUUGCUCCUACACAGCCACCUCAACAUGCUGCACCAUCAUUUGCUCCUCCACAGCCACCUCAACAUGCUGCACCAUCAUUUGCUCCUCCACAGCCACCUCAACAUGCAGCUCCAAAUCUACCAUCAGGCCCAUCAAACUUUUAUAUGCAACCGGCUUCACAGAAUGGAGCACCACCAUCCUAUGUUCCUCCACAGUCUUCUCAUCUCCCACCUCAACACGCAUCUCAGCAAAGCUUCCUCCCACAAACUGCUGCACCAGCACCACAGGCACCAUCAAUAUCUCGAGGGGCAUCUCAGCCUUUUGGUGCCCCAAAUUCAGUGCCAUCUGGUGCCAGCACUCCUCUGCAGUCAAGUUUAUCAGCUCCCCCAGAAACACUAAUUUCAGCUUUGCAAGUUAGUCAGACCCAGCCAGUGAAGAAAUUUGAGCCCAAAUCUACAGUUUGGUCUGAUACAUUGACCCGGGGUCUCGUUGAUUUCAACAUUUCUGGUGCAAAAACCAAUCCACACGCAGAUAUUGGAGUGGACUUCGAUUCAAUCAACCGCAAGGAUAAAAGACAAGACAAGAAGAUCUCUCAAGCACCUGUAGUAUCUACGAUCACCAUGGGCAAGGCCAUGGGCUCUGGCUCUGGCAUUGGCCGAGCUGGUGCGAGUGCCGUUGCACCUCCUUCCAACCCAAUGGGUGCGGGGCGGGGUGUCGGUAUUGGUGGUGCUGGUUAUGGUGGCGGAAUGGGAAUGAACCGGCCAAUGGGGAUGGGAAUGGGAAUGGGAAUGAACCAACAACCCAUGGGAGUGGGGAUGGGGAUGAACCAGCAACCGAUGGGGAUGAACCAACAACCCAUGGGAAUGGGCAUGGGGAUGAACCAACAACAGAUGGGAAUGGGAAUGGGGAUGAACCAACAACAGAUGGGAAUGGGGAUGGGGAUGGGCAUGAACCCGGGGAUGAUGCGGCCUCCUCAGAUGGGGAUGGCUCCCGGCGGCAUGCCUGGCGCCGGCUACAACCAGAUGGGUGCUGGAUAUGGCGGCCAGCAGCCAUACGGCGGGUACAGGUGAGAUUACACAGCGGUGGAUCGAACAGCGAGGGUUUGAGAAAACAGUUUAGCAGGCUUUCGGAUUUUGCUCACCUGGGUUUCCCUUAUGUAUGAUUUCUUUUGUUGGGGGGUAUAAUUUUUAUCACUAUUCUUUUUCCUAUCCAUCCCAUGUUGGAUAUACUGUAUCUACUGAAAUGUAUCGACAUGGCACUGCCACAACUGCCGCGUUGUGUUUGGAUGCAAAGCCACAUGAUAUUACAAGCUUGGUUGGUUGUAGUUGUAUAAUUCUCUAUAGGCUACUCUUGUCACCAAACAUAUGUUAUUUGUUUCAGCGUUCUUGCUGGAUAGGCAAUAAAAGGAUGUACUACCAUUUUGUCGAA